GUAGUCCUCCGCGGGGCGGCAGUUCAGCGCUCCGAGGCCGUAGCCUGAUAGUCCCGGUCGAAGCGCGGAAAGCUCUCUUCGGCGUACCCCCUUCCUCGCAGCGUCUCUCGUUUCCAAGGAGAUUAGGCGGCGCCUACAUAGGAAUAUCUCUGACUGUAGCGGAGAGUCUUGGGGCCUCAAGAAGUAGCAUCUUUUAGGGACUAUUUUUGUGCUGAGAGGGAGAGCUGUGCGCAGCGUUACCCCAGGGGGUUGGCAGCAAGGGCGAAGUGGGACUGAGCUGCUGGACGGGACUAGUCCGUGUGUGUGAACGGGAGAGAGGGGAGGCUGAGUGCUUAGGUCUGGGGGGUCAGUACAGUGCAGCAAGUCCUGCAGCUUCAGAGGGACCCACCUGAGGAUGGACAUAGGACCCCCAGACGUGCUGGAGCGCAAGGGGGCUUUGACUCUGCGCUCUCAUUGCGUGCAAUAUGGGAGACCCACCCUAAUGUACCGCUGGCACCAAAACAGAGAGGCUGAACCUAAAGAUUAUGAUAUAAAUGAAGUUCCUUUGGGUUCAAAGAAUCUAUGUCAAUCUACCUACUCAAGAUUUGGAACUAUGGAUGGGACAUGGAUCACUACUUACCAGGAUCAUUUGUCUCAACCAUAUACAAAUAAAGGAUAUAGAGAAAUUGAGAUUCGUAAGUCCAUGCUGAAUGAAGAUAAUUUUGAAGAUAGUGUUAUUUACAGGGAGACUGGGCUGCCCAAAAGAGGAGUUGGAGCUGUAUUGCCAAGACACCCUUCAGAUCACUUUCAAAUGUAUCUGGAUACAACAUACAGUAUAGACUAUGUUCCUCCAUAUGAUUAUACGCCAUAUGUUGGAGCCCAACCAGAUGGUUAUUCUGUAGUUCAUAGAAAAUGUCACUCUCAGUUUACUGACACAGCAGAUUACAGAAGAUGUGGUAUCAACACAUGGCAAGAUGAGAGUGGGAUAUACGCUAAUGUGGAUAUAAAGCAACGGGUCUUCCCAGUAACUAAUCCUAUACCGUCAAACGUGCAUGAAGAUAAUUUCUAAGCAGUUAUAAUAGAAUCUGAAAUAGACACAUUGUAUGUCAUGUAUUAACUAUUUUCCAAAUAUUCCAAUAAAUAUUUUUAAAUGCUUGCUACAGUAGAUGCAUUGUUCUGCAAGUGAUCUCUUUAUAUUAGGUUGCACUAUACCAACCUUGUAUGAAGGUUUCCUAUAUAUUGAGUAUUUUUAUGAUUAAGCAUUUUAUGGCUCUUUUACUGAUUAUAUAUACACUGAUCUUGGCUGAACACUGUUGCUGUGAUAGGAGAGUUUAUCAUGGGAAGCAGUGACUGUGAAAAAGCUUUGGGGUUGUGGUGGAUAUGAGCUCCCGUCACAGGGCACAUCACUCACUGGGCUGGUGCCUCCGCCUGGUCACUCUGGCGAUUAGCUCUAGGCAGCACCCUCCCGGACCGCAGUUUUCAUACUAUUACUCUGUCUCUACAUCUGCCUGCAACCCCUCUCGCUGCCUCAGGAACCACAGUGUCCUCUUCAUGGCUCUGCCCUCUGGCCAUGUCACCAUCCAUGUUCUCCCCCUUCUGGGGGUUAGUAUUGCCAGUUCCCCAGUGUUGAGGAGGGGACCCAGGCCUGCCCACUGCUCUGGGUCCUGACCCAAGGACCCUGUUGAUAGCAGCCUUAUGCUGUUCUCCUUGGAACUGCUCAUCACUUUUUCCAGGGCCUCUUCCCCAUGCCCCUGCACCUACUCUGCCCUUACCUCAGAGCCUUCAAGCACUGCGCUGUCCAGGGUACUAGUACUCCUUCCACCUGCUGGGAGCCCAACCUUCACUCCAUGAGCUCCAAACUGCUACUGACCCUGCUCUGCCCUGCAGCUCCUCUUAUCUGAGCCUGCCGGGCCCAGAUUGGUUUGCUCCCUGCAACUCCUCCCUGAUUUGGCUGUGUCUCACACAGUCUCUCAGGGCUGCUUGGAGGAUUCACUUUCACUGCUCCUUGCUGAGAUUAACCCUUUCUGCACCUCUGUGGUCUAGACACCUCAUCACAGCUCCCAGUACAAUGCUCUGGCUUAAUGGGCUAAUGCACUUCUUGAUGUAUAAAUGAGAAUCUUGAGUAGGAACAGAGAGGCUGUUUUCCUCUGUUUUUGGCACUGGUGCGACUGCUGCUGGAAUUCUGGUGUUACAGUUCAAGAAAGGUGUUGAUAAAUUGGAGAAGGUUCAGAGAAGAGCCACAAGAAUGAUUAAAGAAUUAGAAAACGAGGUGUGUGCACUCAAAUGCACUGACCUUUAUAUGUAUAAUUACUGUGACUGCAUGUGCAACUGGUUAUUUAUGCACUAACGAGUUAUCUAUAUGCACAGUGACAAAUAUGAAUGUGACUCUGCAGGUUUAUGAGAUUUUUUUUGCAUGUGGCCUUCAGUCCUCUUUUCAGAAUUGGUCCCCUAAUCUAGAAACAAAGUAGAUAGUUAUACAAAAUGCAUGCAAUGAAAACCGCUGAGGCCAGGCACCUGUCAUUGAUGAUGUAGUAGUAGGAUUUUAUGUUGUAUAAUUUAGAAUGAAGGAUAAAAAAAAAUAAGAAUAAUAAUGUAGCAUAUAUUAAAUGUAUUGGUGUAUGAUUUGAUCAUGUCCUGUCAGCCACUCUUUUUGAAUAGCAGAAAGGAAUGGCCUAAUGGGCCUUUGGUAGGGAUACAUCAGCCAGAAUCUGUCUCUGUGCUGAUUUUGAGGGUCACCAAUUUAUUGUAGGUUUAGCAUUUUAAAAUAAGGAAGAGAAUGCAAUGAUUGUUUUCUUUUGCAUUGCAACUUGGUGUUUCUGUUCAAAAUAUUCUGUGUAAAUUAAUUCUGUUUUGUGUGUGAAUGUGUGUAUUAAGAGAUAAGUGUGAAGGCCAUUGCUAAACCAGAUGGUCUAGGGAGGAACCGGAGACGGGCGCCAGGAAGCUGCAACACACCCAUAUUGAAAUGUCAGAGGAGGACAGAUUGAUGACUCUAAAGAUGAGACAGGCACCUAUCAAUGGGGACAAGAUAGCUGUGAUCAAAAUCAGCAUGGGAUAACUCCCUGAGGAACGUGAUGAAAGAACAAGAUAAAGGAUGAGAAAGACAAUUUAAGAAAACAAGCACUUGUCAAACAACAAUUGAUUACAGCAUGACGGUGCAGAACUCAUAGGUCCCAAUGAAGGAAAAUCACUAUAUAAACAGAGUGCCUUGCCAUGAAACUUUGGGUUCGUCCUGCCAAGACUUCCCUGGAGCAUUCUGUCGUGAUCCAGAGUUUGGACUGGUAACUAUACAUCGACUGGCAGAACAGUGUAUGUGUGGUGUGAUUGAAUGCAUAUGCUACUUGGUUUAUCAUCAAUAAACGCAGCGUAUUGCCUUU